CCUCUUCGCCGCUCCUUCAGCUGCCCUGGUUACCGUUGGUGUUUGCGAAUUCCCUGCAGCACCUUCUUUGCUGGAGACCAGCGCCGCCGGGCUCUAGCAGCAGUUCGAUACGCGCGCGCCCGCGUCACGUGGUCCGAGGCUUCCUCGCGGUCGCUGGCGGGCGGCUUAGCGGUGAAAAAGCAGCUGCGGCCACCGCUCGCCCUCCCACUGCGCCCUAGGGCGGGUGCGCGGAUAAAUAUGGCGAAGUGGGGGUAGCUGGCGCCGAACCCGACGCGAUGGGGCGAGCAGGUGGGGCGGUCGUCGGAGCCUCCUGAGCCACACGCCGGCGUGGUUUUCGUCGGCGAUUUGACCUGGCGACCUCGGGCCGGCGCCCAAUAGGUCAGACCACGGACUCCGCGGGUCGCCGAGGACCCCGCCGAGAGCCGGAGGCAAUGGAUGAACAGAGCGUAGAGAGCAUUGCGGAGGUUUUCAGAUGUUUCAUUUGUAUGGAGAAGUUGCGGGAUGCACGUCUGUGUCCUCAUUGCUCUAAGCUUUGUUGUUUUAGCUGUAUCAGGCGCUGGCUGACAGAGCAGAGAGCUCAAUGUCCUCAUUGCCGUGCUCCACUCCAGCUACGAGAACUAGUAAACUGUCGUUGGGCAGAAGAAGUAACCCAGCAGCUUGAUACUCUUCAACUCUGCAGUCUCACCAAACAUGAAGAAAAUGAAAAGGACAAAUGUGAAAAUCACCAUGAAAAACUUAGUGUAUUUUGCUGGACUUGUAAGAAGUGUAUCUGCCAUCAGUGUGCACUUUGGGGAGGAAUGCAUGGUGGACAUACCUUUAAACCUUUGGCAGAAAUUUAUGAGCAGCAUGUUACUAAAGUGAAUGAAGAAGUAGCCAAACUUCGUCGGCGUCUCAUGGAACUGAUCAGCUUAGUUCAAGAAGUGGAAAGAAAUGUAGAAGCUGUACGAAAUGCAAAAGAUGAGCGUGUUCGGGAAAUUAGGAAUGCAGUGGAGAUGAUGAUUGCACGAUUAGACACACAGCUGAAGAAUAAGCUUAUAACACUAAUGGGUCAGAAGACCUCUCUAACACAAGAAACAGAGUUGUUGGAAUCCCUACUUCAGGAGGUAGAGCACCAGCUGCGGUCUUGUAGUAAGAGUGAGUUGAUAUCUAAGAGCUCAGAGAUCCUCAUGAUGUUUCAGCAAGUUCAUCGGAAGCCCAUGGCGUCCUUUGUUACCACUCCUGUUCCACCAGACUUUACCAGUGAAUUAGUACCAUCUUAUGAUUCAGCUACUUUUGUUUUAGAGAAUUUCAGCACUUUGCGCCAGCGAGCAGACCCUGUUUACAGUCCACCUCUUCAAGUUUCAGGACUUUGUUGGAGGUUAAAAGUUUACCCAGAUGGAAAUGGAGUCGUUCGUGGUUACUACCUAUCUGUGUUUCUGGAACUGUCAGCUGGCUUGCCUGAAACUUCCAAGUAUGAGUAUCGUGUAGAGAUGGUUCAUCAGUCCUGCAAUGAUCCUACCAAAAAUAUCAUUCGAGAAUUUGCAUCUGACUUUGAAGUUGGAGAAUGCUGGGGUUAUAAUAGAUUUUUCCGUUUGGACUUACUUGCCAAUGAAGGAUAUUUGAAUCGGCAAAAUGAUACAGUGAUUUUAAGGUUUCAGGUUCGUUCUCCAACUUUCUUUCAAAAAUGCCGGGACCAGCAUUGGUAUAUUACUCAAUUAGAAGCUGCACAAACUAGCUAUAUCCAACAAAUAAAUAACCUUAAAGAGAGACUUACUAUUGAGUUAUCUCGAAGUCAGAAAUCAAGAGAUUUGUCACCACCAGAUAAUCAUCUGAGCCCCCAAAAUGAUGACACUCCUGAGACACGUGCUAAGAAGCCUAUGCCAUGCACCGAUAUGCUUCUCCAGGAUGGUCCUACUACAGCUUCUAUAAGAGAUGUCAAAGAGGAUGAAGAAGAGGAAAAGAUUCAGAAUGAAGAUUAUCAUCAUGAACUUUCAGAUGGAGAUCUGGAUCUGGAUCUUGUUGGUGAAGAUGAAGUGAAUCACCUCGAUGGCAGCAGUUCCUCUGCCAGCUCCACAGCAACAAGUAACACAGAAGAAAAUGACAUUGAUGAAGAAACUAUGUCAGGAGAAAAUGAUGUGGAAUACAACAACAUGGAAUUGGAAGAGGGAGAACUUAUGGAAGAUGCAGCUGCUGCAGGACCACCAGGUAGUAACCAUGGCUAUCUGGGUGCCAGUAGCAGAAUGUCAAGAAGAGCACAUUUAUGUUCUGCUGCUACCAGUAGUUUAUUAGACAUUGAUCCGUUAAUCUUAAUACAUUUGUUGGACCUUAAGGACCGGAGUAGUAUGGAAAAUUUGUGGAGCUUACAGCCUCGCCCUCCUGCUUCACUUUUGCAGCCCACAGCAUCAUAUUCUCGAAAAGAUAAAGACCAAAGGAAGCAGCAGGCAAUGUGGCGAGUUCCCUCUGAUUUAAAGAUGCUAAAAAGACUCAAAACUCAAAUGGCUGAAGUUCGAUGUAUGAAAACUGAUGUAAAGAAUACACUUUCAGAAAUCAAAGGCAGCAAUGCUGCUUCUGGAGACAUGCAGGCAAGCCUUUUUUCUGCUGACCAGGCAGCUCUGGCUGCAUGUGGAACCGAAAACUCUGGCAGAUUACAGGAUUUGGGAAUGGAGCUCUUGGCAAAGUCAUCAAUUGCUGGUUGUUACAUACGAAACUGUUCCCCAGGAAGCUCUCAGUCUGGGAGCAGGCAUAGUUCUCCCCGAGCCUUAACACAUGGCAGUAUCGGUGAUAUUCUGCCCAAAUCCGAAGACCGGCAGUGUCAAGCUUUGGAUUCAGAUGCUGUUGUGGUUGCAGUUUUCAGUGGUUUACCUGCUGUUGAGAAAAGGAGGAAAAUGGUCACCUUGGGGUUGUUUUCUCCCUCUUUGAGGGCUACUGCUAAAGGUGGUCGUCUGGAAGGAAUGCAGAUGACUGAUUUGGAAAAUAAUUCUGAAACUGGGGAAUUACAGCCUGUCCUACCUGAAGGAGCUUCAGCUGCACCUGAGGAAGGAAUGAGCAGUGACAGUGAUAUUGAAUGUGACACUGAGAAUGAGGAGCAGGAAGAGCACACCAGCAUGGGAGGAUUUAACGACUCUUUCAUGGCACAGCCCCCAGAUGAAGAUACGCAUUCCAGUUUUCCUGAUGGUGAACAAAUAGGCCCUGAAGACCUCAGCUUUAAUACUGAUGGAAACAGCGGAAGGUAAUUUUCAAAUCCAGAGAACUGACUUGCAAGCUACCUUGACCCUGAGAUUUGCUGUAGUUGGUGCUCAAUUUGUCAUCGGUCAGAUAAUCAGAUUUGGUCUUAUUUUUUUUCAUCAUCUCUACCUGAAAUAGUAUUUCUGAAACUUUAGAAAGUAGCUCAAUUGUAGUAUAUGACAUUAGAACACAGGACAAAAUUAGCAGUGUGGGAAGAAUUUUGUGUAAUGUAAUGAAUUAACAGUGUAGUCCUCAAUUAAUUUAGUAAAUCAGUAUAUUCCUAAAAGGCAGUUUGUCUCCUGCAAUAGAAAGGUGGUUAACUGCCGGACAGUGUACGUAGAGACCGUGCAUGCGCUCAGUAACUUGCUCAGUCUCGGUACUCCUCUAUCCUUGGCUAGAUUCUCAGUUGUGUUUAAAUGACCACCUUUAUAGUUUGGGUUUUAAUCGUAGUUUAUAGCUUCAUUAAUGCCUGUAAAUUAAGGAAGAGAAAAAUUACUUAUGUAUAGAUUCUGGCCUGUAGAUACUUUAUGUGAAUAAAUAAAGCAAAAGUAGACCGAAUCUCCUCUUUGGAGUAUGUUGGCUGACUACAAGUUAAUUUAUUUAUCUUUUCUUGUUUGUUCAGGUGUAGACACACUGAUUAAUGGCAUAAUCUUUCUAUUAUAUGACUUUUACAUACAGAAUUUUAAAUGAGUUAAGUUCAUGUGAAUUGGUCAUGUUCCAUAUGAACACACGGAAGAUCAUUUACAAUUAUUUCAGUUUUUCCUGCCUUUUAUUAAACAGCUGUAGUGCAACAAGUAUUUUACAGCCCUCUUGUCUCUUUUAUUUUCAUUAGUUGGACAUUGUUUCCAAUGUCAAUAUGUUUAAAGAUUCCUACACAUUGCACAGUGGUUUACAUGAAACUGUGGUAUAAUGUUUACUUUCAUACUUAAUUAGCCCAACAUAAUUGCCAAACUUUCCAUUGUGCUCCUGGAUUUGUGUUUGAGCUGCUAUAGCAUUUGUGAAAAAAUACACUGAAAGUUGGUAAGAGACUAUUGAAGAAGCAUGAAUAUAAUACAUGUGAGAGGCACCUCCUCUACUUAUAUUUUACUUAAUGAAGAUUGUUUGCUUUUCCAUGUCUACUGUCUUGCCCAAUUCUGUGAUUCAUGGUUGGCUUUUGUUCAAAACAGGUCGCACUUUUUGUUAAUAAAAUGAACUUGAGAAAAUA